UGCAAAAAGUCCACGAACCGCAUCAAAAGGCCCAUGAAUGCUUUCAUCGUCUGGUCUCAAAUUGAGAGGAGAAAGAUCGCCGAAGCACAGCCAGACUUGCACAAUGCACUGAUCAGCCAGCAGCUAGGUACUCGAUGGAAGCAAAUGUCGAAAGAAAAACGCCAGCCAUACGUCGACGAAGCCAACAGACUGAAAGAACUACACGGCAAAGAAUAUCCAAAUUACAGAUUUCAACCUAGGAAGAAACCGAUCAAAAGG